AUGGCUGUUGUAGAAUGCUCAGGACUCAGCAGAGCAAUUACCUGGUUGGCCGUAAGAUCGUUGCAAAUCGUCACCUGUCUCCAACAACAUUUCUCUAAGGAAAGCCUUGGAAAAGCGCUGGAGUGCCUGAAGACGAAUCCACGUCAUUUACUCUUCUACCAUCCAGUAAAAUUCGAACUUCGACAUACAUUCCCAGCAGCGAAAGUCUCGCUUUAUUCAGAGAAAAUCGACGACACAACCUAUUGCUGCGCACAUUCAAAACAUAAUUUGGCAAAGACACUCCCAUUUUCACAUAUGACGGCCAGUACAAAGAAGCCGACUUCCUCCAUGCAUUUGAAGAAUUUCUACAACGACAUGAUCUUUUCGAAAGGGAAUUUCCGAUCAUCGUGGGCGAGGACAAAAAUCACAAAAUCGGUAAGCUUGCUCGCGGCUGAAGUAAUCGAAGAAAUCUCCCAAUUUGAUUUGUGA